AUCCUCCCCCCCUACCAAUUUACUACCGGAAGAGGCGUCCUCUGGCGUCACCGCAGGACGCAACCAGAACUUUUGCUCUUGCAGACUUUUAAAAUCCGAAGCAUAUUAUAAAUCCACGGCGUCUCGACACUGCCAUGUAGAAAGUAGAGCCACUGUAACGCUUAACGGUCCAAGUCGUGGCUGAUGAAAGAGUGGCACCCGCGGAUGAAUUGACUUGCCGCCAUCGCAAAGCUACGCGUCGCCAUGAUGAAAUAAAUAGUCGCCAGAUCCGGGCGCCAGAAGAUUGGGGAGCAUUCAGGUUAUAGCAUCUUCAUGCUUCAGUCUGCUUCUUGUUCGACGUUGAACCGUGCAUCUUGCUCAAUCAUAACCAAGCUCUUCUUCCGUCCUGCAACAAGACAGCUUCAUAUCACCACCACCCUCACUCACCAACCAAAGCGACGACUCGCCACAACAGCUAUCAUCAUGGCUCCCAACAAGACCCUCAUCUACAAGCAAAUCCCUUCGGGGCUCCCCAAGCCCGGCAAGGACCUCGUGGUCGAGUCGCGCGACACUGAUCUCGAGACGGCCCCCAAGGGCGGCCUCAUCGUCCAGAUCCAGUAUGCUUCGUUCGACCCGUAUCUGCGCGGCAAGAUGCGCGACCCCAAGAUCAAGUCCUACUCGCCCGCCUUCGAGGCCAACAACCCCAUCGUCAAUGCCACCGUCUCGCGCGUCCUCAAGAGCGACAACCCCAACUUCAAGGAGGGCGACUUUGUCGUCGGCGCCACCCCCAUCGCCGAGUACGCCCGCAUCGAGAACCCCGCCGCCCCCCUGAUCACCAAGAUCAAUAACGAGCACAACCUCGACCUCGGCAUCUUCCUCGGCCCCCUGGGCAUGCCCGGCCUGACCGCCUGGUCCAGCCUGCACAAGAUUGGCCAGCCCAAGAAGGGCGAGACCAUCUUCAUCAGCUCCGCCGCCGGCGCCGUCGGCCAGGUCGUCGGCCAGGUCGCCAAGCGCGAGGGCCUCACCGUCAUCGGCUCCGUCGGCUCCGACGACAAGCUCGACUUCAUCACCAAGGACCUCGGCUUCGAUGCCGGCUUCAACUACAAGAAGGAGAAGCCCCUCGACGCCCUGCGCAGGCUCGCCCCCAACGGCAUCGACAUUUACUACGAGAACGUCGGCGGCGAGCACCUCGAGGCCGCCCUUGAUGUAAUGAACCCGGGCGGCCGCAUUGUUGCCUGCGGAAUGAUUAGCGAGUACAACGCAAAGCCCGAGGAGAGAUACGGCAUCAAGAACCUCAUGUACAUUGUCACCAAGCAGAUCCUGUUCCAGGGCUUCAUCGUCGGCAAGCCCGGCUUCGGACCCGCCUACUAUAAGGAGCACCAGGAGACGCUGUCCAAGUGGCUCGCCGACGGUAGCGUCAAGGCGAAGCUGGACAUUUCCGAGGGCAUUGAUAACGCUGCCGAGGCGCUUGUUGGUAUGCUCCAGGGCAAGAACUUUGGCAAGGCCGUCUUGAAGAUUUGAUUACGCGAAACAAAAAGCAUAGCGAAAAUUUGAUUCUGGUAUUUUUGUGAUGGAGCAUAGUGGACGUUCCACAGCGCAUGCCUCGUGAUUUGACGCCCGCUGAGACUUGAAGUUUGUUGGUAGAUAUGUAUAAGCGACACUCGAUCGAACAGAAGGAUGUGACUUCAGAAGCUCGCUCAAUACGAUGGCCUAUCCGGUCUUCUCCAUAUCUGCCGCCGGACGCAACCACUCACACAAGCAUCGGCCACGAC